AAUCGACGUACAGGCGGUUUCCUUCAAAACAUUAUGGCGUCGAGAAGAGCGACAACAGUGCCAAGUAGUUCUAAAAGCUUGUCCACCGACGCAAAAAGUUCAAGAAGUUGUAAUCCUACUAAUAAAGCCAACAACGAGAGAUCUGGGAAGAAAACUGUUAAAUCGAGUGGGACUGUUGUUAAGUCUCGAUAUCUACAGUCUGCUGAGAAGACAUCUCUUUCAAAGAGUAACUCACUGACCAAUGAAUCAGUUACUGCACCGCGACCAGCUUCACCAAAACCCACUGGUGUCAAACCAAAGGCAGGUACUCCGAGACGCUCAAUGGCCCCACAGGCUCUUGCAACAUCAAUGAUGUCACGUGAAACUGACCCAUUACUUCUUGGGAAAAGUGUUCUGCAGUCCACGUUCUCAGAUAAUCCCUACUUUCGACCAGAUUUAGAUAUUUCAGUCAUCAAAGAUCGAACAGUCAUUGAAAAUGCAGCAGAGCCUGAAAGAAAUUCAGAGAAUGAGAAGAGGAUGGUUGAGAUGCAAACAUUCCUUCUGGCCUACCUCACUGCUAAGAUGGAGAGCAAUACUGCAACACUCAAGGCUGAGGCAGAGGCAAAAAUCCUGCAAGCGAUGGAGGAAGAGGAGGCGCUUCAUGAUGAGGUCAAGGAGAAGAAGCGACAGUACCUCCUUGCAGAAAAGAAAAGGCUGGUUAAUGAACUGCUGGAUUUGCAGAUUGCCACACUGACUCCUGUGGCAGAGACUGUCAGUCAGUUCACAGAGGACUACAAGUCUUUUGCUACAGCUAUUGACACCACCCGACAUGAGCUGCCUGUUAAGAAUUUGUACAUUGAUGGGGACAGACGAGAAUUUCUAGAUAAAGCCGUGGCAUGCUUAAAGGAGAGUGAGAAAUUACUGGUGGAAUGCACAGAGGGAGAUUAUAAGGACAACAGCACAUGUCUGGAGUGCCUUCGAGACAUGAAACUAACAUCAAAGGAUAUCAGUCAGCAGCUGUCAGGGACAUUUAAAGAGCUGCUGAAACUUUCAUCACUGGUCUGCCGUCAAACAAUCUAUGUCCAGCAGGGCACAGAAGAAGAGCAGUUGGGCAGUUCAAGAUGCCGAGAGCUCUACUGCACCAAACAGUGAACAGCAUGCAGCAUGGGAUACACAGAACAAGCACUUUAGACGUGCCCCCCAACUCCACACGCUUUAUUGUUUGGAUAUGUUUGUCGGCUUUGUGUCUUUUUAUGUGUACUGUGUAGAUGUACAUUUAUGUGAUUUCUUUGCAGUUACAUUGUGGGAAACUGUAAAUGUGGACUAAUGACCGUUUUAUACAUGUGUCCAAUAAAUAAAAGAAGAAAGAGAAUCCAGAUUUGCAGACUAUAGGAAGCAACAGCCUUACACUGAGAAUCAACAAAAUGCAGGCCACGGUUUGUCAGCCAUGUAUUGUUAAAUACUGUGGAAGCUUGUUUCUGUCACUGAAGUAAAAAUAUUCACCACCAUAACUCAAAAUUUUGGUUUAGUAUCUUUAAAUUUUGAAUUAACACGAAAUUUAGAUUUACAUAUCAAGAAACUUUAAUAAUUCUAAAUCAUAAUUAUCUUACUAACUCGAAAUCAUUCAGAGGUAGCUCAAAAUUUCAAAUGACUUAGUCAUUAAGUUGAUAUUUUGAGAUGAUAACCUUAAAUUUUGAGGUAACUUGAAAUUUUGACCUGGCUCUCUUUUUUUCAAUUGGUGAAAACAAGCUGCCGUAAA